GUCGUUAGCUGUUAGCCUCAUGCUAGCUGCGAGCUAAAGUUCGGUGGACUACUUUCACUUUCUGACCAGCAGCAGUAUCUGGGCAGAGAUGAGCGGGGCUUCCCGGGAAACGAAACCAGACGCUGCCGUCGCUGCCUCGGACACAGUUUAGCUCGUACAUGUCGGUGUUGGGCCGUCCUCGGUGGCGGUUCUGACAGGCUGAAAAGUUUUCCCCGCUGUCAGCUAGCUUUAGCGGCUAGCCGCUAGCAUGGAGGUGGCAGGGAUCGGGCAGAGCGCCGAGGAGCGCGGAGCGGAGAAGCUCAUGGACGACUACCUGAAAUCAGUCGGGUUGCAUCGGAAGAAGAUCGCCAAGGACGGGUCCUGCUUGUUCCGGGCUGUCGCCGAGCAGGUGCUGCACUGCCAAAGGCUGCACACGGAAGUUCGGGCCCAGUGUGUGGAGUUCCUGAAGCAGAACCGGGAAAGCUACGAGGCGUUCAUUGAAGGUGACUUUGAGGAUUACCUGUGCAAGCUCCAGGACCCGCAGCAGUGGGUGGGUGAGGUGGAGAUCAACGCGCUGGCCGUCAUGUUCAGGAGGGACUUCCUGAUCUUCCAGGAACCCGGAAAACCUGCCGUCAACAUCACCGACAACAACUUCAAGGACAAGGUGCAGCUGUGUUUCCUGAACGGGAAUCACUACGACAGCGUUUAUCCCGUCAGCCACAUCCAGAGUGCUGCUGUCUGCCAGUCCAUCCUGUACGAGCUGCUGUACGAGCGAGUGUUCAAGGUGGACCGGAGCCUCCUGGGUCUCUGCCAGCGGACCGGCCGGCCCUCCGACCUCCUCAGCGACGACAGCAUGGCCGCCUGCCCCAGCAGCGACGAGUCCGACCUGGACCCGGGCGACGUGCCGCGGCUGGAAGACGGAACCAGUUCGACGUCUCCCAGACACAGCCAGAGCUACAGGGGUCGGGGUCGAGGCCGGCAGCUGCCCGAGAGAGUCCGGAGGUCUCUGAACCCGACUCUGCUCAGAAACAUCGAGUACGACGUCUGGAUCAAGACCAAGAGAGCCCAGCAGAAGAUGGACUACUGCAUCGCUGCUGGGAUGCACUUCACCGUCGGAGACCGCUGCCGGGUUCGUCUGGACGGCGGCGGGCGGAGCUACAGCGCCACCAUCAGGGAGGUGCCUCCCCGUAACGGACCAGUGACUGUGUACAUCGAAGAACUGGGCCGGAGGCAGUCGGUGCCUCUGUGGAGCCUCCGACCCCCCAGAGACGAAGGCAGCUGGAGCACCGUCAGCAGCCGCGACAGGAAGCUGAGCAACGGGCACGGAGAGUGGGACGAGAGAGGACGAGGACGAGGGAAGGCCGCCCCAGCGUCCUCCUCCGUUUCCACGGCAACAGCCCCGGGCGCUGCUGGGCGUGUGCAGAAGCAGCACUCAUGGCCGCCACAGGCCACCACGGAGGAGCAGGGAGCGACUAAAACCCCCAGGUCAGUGUAUCAGGACUCCACCAUCUCCAUGGCAGCCAUGAAGACCAGUGGAAGCCCCGCCUCCCAAUCUCCAUACCGGGGCCCCCGGCAGCCCUACGGCCCCCUGGGGGUCCUGGAGCCCGCACAGGUGGGCCUCCUGGGGGCGGAGCCUCUGUCGGUGGGCUGCAGCACGGAGGACGACUGGGAGGGGAUGGAGGGAGUCCGACAGCCCAGCGUCAGAGGGAUGAGGAGGAGCUACAGAGGAGGCCGAGGCCGGGGGGGGUACAGGAGACGGCAUGGAGGGGAGCUGGGGGCGGGGCCUAACUACGUACAGUUUAACUCCUCCCAGAGGGGGCGAGGCCGAGAAAGAAGCUACUGA